AUGGAACUUCAGGUGUUCAGAAAGUUCUGGAGUCGGUCUCUCUACACCUGUGCAUCAGAAUGUCUGAUGUCCUCAGCAUGUCUGUCCUUUGGAUUUGACAAGAAAGCGCGCACCUGCCUACUGAACAGUAACAGUAGUGAUACUGCUAACGUUGUUGACAGAACAGGAUUCCUCUUCAGUGAUAUUCAACACUGGCCAAAGUCACUGUCUGGUGGAUGCACUCAAAGGACAUGUCAAGAAAACAGACGGUGUGAGGUGACUCGACUCGGUCGUGCAAGAUGUGUUCCAGAGUUUCAAGGAUGUGGUGAACCACCGGAGGUUAGGGACGCCAACAUCACCUAUGAUGGUCACUACCAGGGAGCUGUGGCGACCUUCUCCUGCGGCACUGACUUCAGAACCUGCUACAACAAUGUCACCAGCACCUGUCAGUCAUCUGGAGCGUGGGAGAGUUUACGUGGUCUUUGUGGACAGUACAGGUGGCACAAUCCGAUUGAAGAGCAGUUUUCAUUUCCAUGUGACCCACCAAGCACGUUCCGGCUGAUGAUCAGGGGGACACCGACACAAGAAACAAGAUGGCGUAUCGAGAUAAAGAGGGAAGCAGAUAACUUGUUUUACUCCGACUUCCGCUUUUACUAUCACCCACACAGGAUGGUGAUCGUUGUGAACACUAAGUUUGAUGGGACUUGGGGUGAAGAGAUAUAUACUCAUCUAUCAAUGACGGUUGGACAAGAAUCAGAGGUCGACAUUACACUUCAAAAUGGAUUGUACAUGUUGGUAAUUGAUGGUGCCAGCGUUUCUAACAUGACUGAAAGGGUAUCUGGCGCAAAACCCAAUCACAUCAAGAUCUUGGGCGACGUCUCUGUUGGCAUGGUGGAGUUCAUAUCCUGA